AAACUCUACUUGUUUUUGUUGCAGUCUCUCUGCUUGGCUAGGAACACAGUAUAUUCCUUCCUCUGUGAAGCUGCUUGUUUUUAAUUUUCGUUCGCUUUUGAUUUGUUUUGUUUUACAGCCUGAUUGUGUGCCCUACAGUUCGUUUUAUCAUCCUCGGUGCUGCGUUGUAUGUUGUUCACAGUCCGUUUUCUUUAAUUUCAAAGCCUGGGAACCGCCUGAGAGCCUUUCUUUCACAAGGCUCUGCAGGGCUGUAAGUAGGGCAAAGCGAGACCGAUACAGCCUUCCCCUCUCUUCCUUGAAGCAGUAAGGGUCACAGACUUUGUCUGGAGCGUAACCCGUGCAAUAUGCAUCAGCAGACAACUCUCCUCCGCGGAAAAAUAAUGGGAAAGGAAUGAGGAGGAAAACGAAGGCAAAACGAGUUCUGGACCCUGGAAAUGAAGAAGAAAAACAACAAGACGAGGAAGAAGAAGGAGAAGAGCAUGGGCUGCAGCUGAAGAGAAGGAAAAACAUGCAGGCUGCCAGGGGGAAAGCGGACGGAAAUUCAUCACCAGCCGCCGGCCUGCACAAGCCCAGAACGGGGGUAUUUGAUUUACAAGAAAACAAUCUGGAUAACAUAUCUGAUUGUGACUCCACAAAAGAGGACUCUGAUUAUCUGCAGUCAAGGUCUAAAUCCGAACUAAUCGCAAUGGUUCUGUGCAUGCAAAGGGAAAUGGAGGGUUUGAGAGAGCAAAUACGGUGUCUCACAGCUUGCGGGAAGCUAGCCAGGAACAUCGAGGCUCUGAUCGAGAAAACUCAAACGUGGGCGAGCGGCGACACCAAGCCAGCUGCCGUCGACAUGCAGGACGUUCAGAUGGACGAUCAGCAGGCACUCAUUCUGGCCGUGACUCCAGCUGAUGCCGUGGUCAACGGGCAGUGGGUCCAACAGGCCUGUCCGGGAGAGGGGAUUCUGACCGAGUCGGAGUCGCAGAGGAAAAGGCUGUACGUUCUCCCUGAGUAUAUAACACAGGAUCUUCUAGACCACUGCAACACCACUGCGACAGCUCAGAAACUGACCAAUGACCUCCUGCGAGGGCUGUACGAGAGGGAGUGCCUGGCGUCCCACUCCAUCUCCGGAAUCGUUUACAACAAAAAGGGACGCCCCAAGCCAGCCCUCCCAGCAGACGAAGUCCAGGCCAUACUAAGAACAGUGCAACAUUUUUUCCCCGGAAAGACUGAUGCCGAGAUUAAAGGCUACAUCAGGCAAAAACUCCAAAACGAAGCCAAGAGGCUAAGAAGAAAACCACAGCCUCCCGAAAUGAAGGACAGCUGAACACCUCUGUCAUUCUCCAGAGUCUUGACAUCAGCCCUGCACACCGCUAAGUAGAUUUGCUGUGCUGUACUGAAGAGAAAAAGCAAAGGGAAUAUCUAGGGGGUGUGUGUGUGUGUGCGUGUGUAUAUCUAUAUAUAUAUAUAUAAAUACACACACACACACACACACACACACACACACACACACACACACACACACACACAGUAUAUCACUGGGCCUCAAGCUUUGCGGGCACAGGCACAUGUUGUGUAUUUCUCAAAAGUUUGACAGUUGCAGGAUUACAUUUUCCCUCUUGACAUUUAACAUCAACUUACAAAAUGUAAAAUAAAAUGACACGUAAUAAAUGAUACCACAAACGCAGAGACUGAUCGAGAGCAGAGAUAGCAACAGGCACAGCUCACACGCUACCAAGACAUCAUUACUGCAGCCUUCCGGGUUCUGCUGGCGCACAGCUUCGAUGAGCACUGACAUAUAAAUACAGAGCCAUUCUACAAAGCCAGCAGAACAUUUUGAGUCAGUGUCCAGUUUCUUUCCAGGAAAACACAGGAGAACGCGCCAAUAAGUGAAGACUGUUUUAAUAAAAAAUAAAUAAAACUUA